AAUAUAAAAUAUUUUUUUAAAAAAAUAAUUUUUAUAAAAAGUUUUUUAAUUAUAAUUAUUUUUAACAAACAAACCGUCGCUUAGUCUUACAAUGAGUCGGUUUAUUUUAGAGAAAUCGUAUUACUUACCUUUAACAGAACAGAGAUGAGAAAAUGAUGGUAAAAAAAAGGGCGCGCUUUCGCUUCAUAAAUGAUGUUAGUCAGGGAAAAAAACCGUUACUAGUUGACAGUGCAAACCCAACUGCCACCUUCUUCAUGCCUCCAUAAACAAGCAAUUCCAGAUUCUCCAUCUUGCUCGAUCGAAUCUCGCCCGACACAAGCUCCAUACACAUAAAGCGUAACCCUAACCCUCGCAAUUCACCUUGUUUGCAGAUGCGUAUCGCUUUCUUCUACGAAUCUUUUUCCUAGUGGAUGUACCUUUUAUAGAGCGGAACCGACUCCUCCAUUAACGAGCUUAACCACAAUUGGCCAUGAGCCUUCUUGAUAUGAGAAUCGACGUCGAUGGUUAUCUCGGUCCUCGGCGGUCUAAUUCAUUGGCAUUUUCUCCACUUAUGAUAAUCGAUGGGCGUUCUCGCAACAGCAACUUUUCUUAUGCUAUGCUCCCUGAGGAGCCCAUCAAGCUCACUGUUCUCAAAUUGGAUGGCUCAUGUUUCGAUAUUGAAGUUAUGAAGUCAGCCUCCAUUGCAGAACUGAGACAAGCGGUGGAAGCUUUUUUUAAUGAUAUGCCACAGAAGGGAACUGGCAAGAUCUCAUGGCCUCAUGUGUGGAGCCAUUUCUGCUUAACGUAUGAAGGUCAGAAGCUAGUUACAGGAACUGACUACAUCAAACACUAUGGCAUCAAGGAUGGUGAUCAACUUCAUUUUAUACGGCACAUCUCAAACAGCUAUACCUUCAAGAAGAAGGGAUCAAAGAAACAGACUCCUGGUCUGGAACAACAUAAGAUUAAUUGCAGCUCAUUAUCACGUUUAAAUAUCCGGGAAGACAAAGAACAAGAUGAUAAGGAAGAGAGUAGUCACAGCAUAGAGAAUAGGGAGUUGGGCAAUUUUGAUGCUACAUAUCAGAUUUCUGAAAAACAUAAAGAAUCCAAGUGGGCCGGUUUACUACAACGGUUGUUCUCAUGCUCCAGGCUGCAACGCAAGGAAAGGAGUUUAAAGGGGUCUCCCUCUAGACCUGCAUGUCGUUUGUCUAGUGGAUUUAGAAAAAUCAUAAAGUUUUGUGGUGAUAGUAAUCAUCCUCAGAGGAUUGAAUGGAGAGAGAAAUAGGGAUGAAGCUGAAAAGCAUUUUAUUCAUGGAGAGCAAACAUAAGUGUCAUUCUAGAUGAUGCAUAUUCAACAUGCUGAGUAGCCAAUGAUGUGAAAAUUUUGAUCACAGAUCAGCAUUGUUUAAUAUCAAGAAUAUCAGCUAACAAUUGCUGGCAAUGAUUACCCGAGCUUUUGAACAUUUCUGGUGGGGAGAAAAACUUAUUUACUCAUUCAUGUUGAAGGAAGAGAUGGUAGUCACUUAUAUCAAAAUUAACACAUAUGUGUUUUUAUUUUUAAAUUCAAUAGCUUAAUUCCUAUAUUUUGAUUCCGUAUGAGAUAUCCAUCCAUUUAAUUUUCUGUUAAUUAUCUUUUGAAAUGACCAAAACUACCUUAAAUAUAUAUAUAAUUACUAAUCGGAUUAUAUCAAAACUAACACUUAUAUUUUUAGA